CAAACAUCAUCAACUGCUGCAAAACAGGUCACAGCAUCUCUCAGAGGAACAGCAUCAUCCCACGAUCCCAUUACCUUCAAUGCCCUCCUCUUUCUCUCUCUGACCCAUUCCUAUUGCUUUCUCUCUCUACGCAGAAGAUACCAACAACAAAUAGAAUGAAAGAAGAAACUUGGAAACUCCACGCAUCGUCCCACAUCAACGCCAAAGAGUCCAACUUUCUAUAUGCAUCUCUCUCUCUCUCUCAUGAAUGGCCCAGCUGGACCAAAAUUUAUGUAGAAGGAAAAACAAAAAAGAAAGAAUGGGAAAGCAAGAAAGAAUAGGGAGGGAGGUUAGAUGGAUGGAUAGAUAUAGAUGUCUUCAAAUGUCCUCCAACCAAACCCACCUUACUACUACUACAACAACAACAACACCACCACCAAUCUCUCUCUCGCUUCACAAGCCAUGUUUCCCCGAAAUACCCUUCUGCAAGCCCCCAAAAAAUCCCAUCUUCAUCACUGUCUUUCUAAAGAACAAUUUUUUUUUCACCGAGUUAUGUGGGCUUUUUGGGUUCCUUUGUCUUGGUCAGAGUUUCACAGAGAAAACAGGGAAAGCGAGAACCUUCUCCCUACCCUCUUUCUUUCUUCAUUAUCUUUCUCGCUCUCUUAUUCAUUGCUUCUUUCUUUGGCCUCCCUUCUUUUUGGGUAUCUCUCGCCUUCUUGUGUGCUCCCGCGUUUUCCCCGUUUAUCCCUUUUCUCUUUUAUUCUCUCUGUGUUUAGCUGUGAUACCUCGCUGAUCUGACGAUGAAGAAGAUGAAAGGGGCUGUUCGUUUGGAGCCUCCAUAUGCUUCGUACGAGGAUCAGAGGGCAAGGCUUAGGCAUCAGAGCCUCUUGCAGGACUAUGAAGAGCUUUUGAUGGAGACACAUGACACAAGAAGGAAAUUGGAGAUUAUGAAGCAAAAAAAGCUGUUGUUGUUAGCUGAAGUUGGAUUCUUGAGGCGACGAUACCAAUACUUGGUGCAAAACCCUUUGCCAAAGGCUCAACCGAAGCAAGAUAUUUCAAAGUUACAAAAGGUCAAAACCCAUGCACCGACCGGUUUGAAGGGAAGGAGUCACAGUAAGAAGGACCUCGCCCUACGCCCUCCCGUUCCUCCUUAUUCGAAUCCUAAAGAAAGGAUUCCCAAUGGGGUUGAAGUCACAUUGCAGAAACUUGCUCCUGUGUUUGAUUUAAACCAGAAUGCUAGGACUUCUAGUGGAAAGGCUGUGCCUUUUCAUGGCUCUGCUUCAAAUCCAAUGCUUGAUUUAAAUCAGAAGGAUAGGAUUCACAGUGGGAAGGAAGCCACAAAGAAGAGUAUUAUUCCAUUUUUUGACUUGAACCAGAUUUCGAGAGAAGAGGAGGAAAUGCAGGGUAGUGUUGAGCCAAUGAAGAUUGAGGAACCAAAGAAAAAUACAUUGAGAAUGUUAAGCGAUGAGCAGCACAACGACAUCAAGCUAUCAGUUUGCAGAAAUGUUGGGGAUGGUUCAAACAGGGCCGGGAAGAGGAAGAUUACAUGGCAAGAUCAGGUGGCUCUAAGGGUUUAAUUUCAUCUAGUGCAUUAGGCAAAAAUUCCUGCCCUUUAGGAAUUUGUAGCGAGCCUUUGAUGCAACAGCAGAUUUUUACAUUUUACUGAUCAUUCUAGUUUUAUGUCUCCUUGUAAAGAUAAAUAUAGUAUCACAUCUUCAAUGUUCAAUAUAUAUAAAGUGAAAUGGGAAAUUUCUGCUUAGGAAUCA